GAGUACGCACAACAGUGAGUACCGGCGGCGCGGAAGGAACAAGGAUGUUGUAGGGGAAUUUAAUUUUUUUUGUACUUCCCCUCGACCAGAGCUGCAUAGUAUACUACGCGGUCACUGGAAACGUUAGCCUCUCUUGCUCGCUCGGAGACUCGAAUGCGCGAAAAGGUGUGAAAAUAUGGCCAUCGGAAGUCCUCAGGGGCUGCUGCAGAAGGAGCCUCGGACGCCGCCGCGGCCGUCGUCCAACUCGAUCCGCUUUUCCCGCAUCCACCCUGCACCGCCUCCGCUGCCCCCGAGACCGUUGUACUACACGCCGCGAAAGCUGCAGAUCCCGACGCCGCUGCUGCCGUCGGCGUCCUGCAGCCCGCCGCCCACACCCUCCAAAAGGAGGGCCUCCUGGAUUUUGACUUCGGCAGAGCCCGUGCAGUCGCCCGACUCGGCCCUCAACGCCGCCAGUGUGGUCAUGCUCACCUGUGGCACCAUCCUCAUGUUCCUCUGCUUCUUGGGUAUCGCAGAGAGUGGUCGUCUGUAUUACCUGGACUCGAGUCUGAUUUGCGGCGCAACAUAUUUAAUAAUAGGCCUGUUGGGAAUGCGGACUCGUUACUGGACCACUAUGCCAAACAGAAAUUUUGUCUCAGGUUACAUCGUGCUGGCCAUUCUGAGUUUUUUGAUAACGGCUGACAUUUUGGCCAUGCUGGUAGUGCGGGGCAGCAAGGCAGGUGGCAACUCGGUGACCGACAUGCUUGGCGGCGCCGCCUGCGGAAUCGCCCUUCUCACGGUCGUGGUGGCCUUCAUCGGCCUUUGCACCACGAGGUGCUGCAGGCUUUCCCCGCCGGACAACAGAAUCGGCCACUGUGCCGAGGGACUCACAUUGUGAAUAGCAUCAAAAAGUCAUUUUUAAAGUUAAGAGACGUUUUUAGUGUUAAAGUGCCUUCUUGUAAAUUGCUAGAUCUUAUUCAUAUGAAUCUAUUUUCAAUAAU